AUGCCUGCGAUACGACACUCUUCAAAGAGAAAACCACCGCCAGAAGGCUUCAGCGACAUCGAAAAUGACCUUUUAAUCUUUGCCAACAAGAUGAAGGAUGCGCAGAACAAGCCGCCUCCUCAGGGACCAAAAUACCAAGCGCAGUGGGAGAUCUUCCAAAUCUCACAUCAACGGAGUCGCUACAUUUACGAUUUAUACUAUGAGAAGGAGGCCAUCAGCAAGCAGCUGUACGACUGGCUGUUGAAGAAUGGCUACGCAGAUGCCAUGUUGAUCGCGAAGUGGAAGAAGCAGGGUUACGAGAAGGCAGGUUUUUGA